GGCUGUACUACGCGCGCGCCCCGGAAACGGAAGUCUAUGUUGCCUUCCAGGCGGCUGAUUCGAGGGCUUGUUUAGUCAGAAGCGGCGCCUCAGAGAAGCUACCCUAUAUCCCGCCAUGCCGUCUGAGGGUCGCUGCUGGGAGACCUUGCAGGCGCUGCGCAGUUCCGACAAAGGUCGCCUUUGCUACCACCGCGACUGGCUGCUGCGGGGCGAGGAUGUUUUGGAAGAAUGUAUGUCUCUUCCCAAGCUAUCUUCUUAUUCUGGAUGGGUGGUAGAUCACGUCCUACCCCAUAUGCAGGAGAACCAACCUGUCUCUGAGAUUUCGCCAUCCUCUACAUCGGCUUCAGCCCUAGACCAACCCUCAUUUGUUCCCAAAUCUCCUGACACAAGCUCUGCCUUUUCCCCAGCCUUCCCUGCAACACCAAAUGGAACCAAGGACAAAGAUGAGUCCCAGCACACAGAAUCUAUGGUACUUCAAUCCUCACGGGGGAUCAAAGUGGAAGGCUGCAUCCGAAUGUAUGAAUUGGUACACAGAAUGAAAGGAACAGAGGGCCUAAGGCAAUGGCAGGAGGAGCAGGAGAGGAAGGUGCGAGCCCUCUCAGAGAUGGCAUCUGAACAACUGAAGCGGUUUGAUGAACGGAAGGAACUGAAGCAGCAUAAAGAAUUCCAGGACUUGCGGGAAGUAAUGGAGAAGAGCUCCAGAGAAGCCUUGGGACACCAAGAGAAGCUAAAAGCUGAGCACCGUCACAGAGCAAAGAUUCUCAACCUGAAGCUGCGGGAGGCAGAGCAGCAGCGCAUGAAGCAAGCAGAGCAGGAGCGGCUUCGGAAGGAAGAAGGCCAGGUUCGCCUUCGAGCCCUCUAUGCUCUGCAGGAGGAGAUGCUGCAGCUCAGCCAGCAGCUGGAUGCUUCUGAGCAGCACAGAAGCCUGCUUAAGGUCGACCUGGCUGCCUUUCGGACCCGAGGCAACCAGCUAUGCAGCCUCAUCUCAGGGAUCAUCCGGUCCUCUUCAGAGAGUGGCUAUCCUACAGCAGAGAGCCAAGCUGAGGCUGAGCGAGCUCUGCAGGAAAUGCGGGACCUCCUUAGGAACUUGGGGCAGGAGAUCGCCAGAGCCUGUGAAGACAAGAAGAGGCAGGAUGAAGAGGAGGCCCAGGUAAAGCUGCAAGAGGCACAGAUGCAGCAGGGACCAGAGGCUCACAAAGAGCCCCUAGCUUCCAGCCAGGGCCCAGGAGGGAAACAGAUUGAAGACCUCCAGGUGAAGGUACAAGACAGUACAAUGAAGUGGUACCAGCAGCUGCAGGAUGCUUCCAUGCAGUGUGUGUUGACCUUUGAGGGCCUGACCAACAGCAAGGACAGUCAGGCCAAAAAGAUAAAAAUGGACCUCCAGAAGGCUGCUACCAUCCCAGUGAGCCAAAUCUCUACCAUUGCAGGCUCAAAACUGAAGGAGAUCUUUGACAAGAUUCACAGCUUGCUCUCUGGAAAACCUGUUCAAUCUGGUGGGCGCUCUGUGUCUGUCACACUUAACCCACAGGGGCUGGACUUUGUUCAAUACAAACUGGCAGAGAAAUUUGUGAAACAAGGCGAGGAGGAAGUGGCCUCUCACCAUGAAGCAGCAUUCCCUAUUGCAGUUGUGGCGUCCGGAAUCUGGGAGCUCCACCCCAGAGUAGGGGACCUCAUUCUUGCUCAUCUACAUAAGAAGUGUCCUUACUCUGUUCCUUUCUAUCCCACUUUCAAGGAGGGAAUGGCUUUGGAAGACUAUCAGAGGAUGCUUGGCUACCAAGUAACGGAUUCCAAAGUGGAGCAGCAAGACAACUUUCUAAAACGCAUGUCAGGGAUGAUCCGUCUCUAUGCUGCCAUCAUCCAGCUCCGGUGGCCAUAUGGAAACCUACAGGAGAUUCACCCUCAUGGCUUAAAUCAUGGAUGGCGCUGGUUGGCACAGAUCUUAAACAUGGAACCCUUGUCAGAUGUGACAGCCACCCUCCUCUUUGACUUCCUGGAGGUGUGUGGGAAUGCCCUCAUGAAGCAGUACCAGGUUCAGUUCUGGAAGAUGCUAAUUCUCCUCAAAGAGGACUACUUUCCCAGAAUUGAAGCUAUCACAAGCUCAGGACAGAUGGGUUCCUUCAUACGCCUCAAGCAGUUCUUAGAGAAAUGUUUGCAACACAAGGACAUUCCUGUCCCCAAGGGCUUUCUGACUUCUUCGUUCUGGCGCUCCUGAUGUCACUUCAUCACCUACCAUCACCGUUAUGUUGCAAAGAGGCAAUAAUAAAGGAAUUAAAGACAGCUGUAUUUGGGAGAAGUCAUGUCAGAUACAGAAAUUUGCCAAUAUGUAUUUUUAUAUAUUUAUACCUUGUGAUUUUCAUGGGUCACAAAAUUCUUGGAGGUCCCUUAGUAGAUUUGGUAGUUCCUUAAGAGAUCCACAUGAUGUCCAGGCGCAGUGGCUCACACCUGUAAUCCCAGCACUUUGGAAGGCCACGGCAGGCAGAUAACAAGGUCAGGAGUUUGAGAUCAGCCUGGUCAAUAUGGUGAAACCCGGUGUCUAAUAAAAAAAUACAGAAAAAUCAGCUGGUCAUGGUGGCACAUGCCUGUAAUCCCAGCUACUUGGGAGGCUGAGGCAGGAGAAUUGCUUGAACCUGGGAGGCAGAGGUUGCAGUGAUCCGAGAUCGCACCAGUGCACUCCAGCCUGGGUGACAGAACAAGACUCUGUCUCAAAAAAAAAAAAAAUCUACACGAUAAAACAAAUGGAAUUGGCCUUUCUUGUUUUUUGCAAAAGUGAUAAAAGGUGUUUAGCACUUGGUCUCUUCCCUUCUGUCCUUUGUCUCUAGUAUCUUUGAGAAAGUUGGCAAUACCUUAACAAAUGCACUCUGAUCUGGAGGGAGCCCACCAUUUGCACCCACCUACCUACCCUCAUCCCUGUUCAGAUGAAUUUCCAGAAAGAACUAAGGCUCAUAAGGUUCCCUUUUAAGUAUUAUUUGAUAGUUGAGGCCAGAUGCUUACAUGCAAGUCUGGGUUACGGUUGUUUUGCCUUUCUCAGCUUGUGAAAUCAUUCUAAAGCCAGAGGAAAUAUGUGAUACACACAUGGACUAAGGUCCAGAUGGCACUAUGGAUAGGUUAGUUUCUGGGGUUAGGACUGGAAACACAUGUAAUAUUGAACUAAGGGGCACUCUUUGUCAUCCUGAUUUGGAAUUUGGUCCCUGGGUGACUAGGGAUGCAUGAACCAGGCAGGUGCCUUUUUUGGUUUUAUUUUGUUUUGUUUCUUUUCAGUUUGAAUUAAGAUGGGCUAAGACGGGGCUUGCAACACUAGCUGAGCAUCCAUAACAUUGAAUUGUGAUUAAAUAAAGGUGUUGUGCAGGAAUUGAA